UCCUUAACUUCUUCUCCAUGCUUGAAAGAGGUUUUCUUCCCCAUUUCAUUUUCAUCACAGUAUCACUGCAUCCUCUACUUCACCGUUUCUCCUUCCUCGCCCAACCAUGGCCUUGCCCCUUCUUUCUCCUCGCCGCCGUUGAUACUUCGCGGCAACAGUGGACAUAGCUGGCGAUACGUCCUCUUGAGAAUCAAGAGGCUUCCUUCUUCAUCCUCAAAUCACAACUUCAGAUUCUUCUUCCUCCUCUCCAUUUCAAACCUAUUGCUCCUAGUUGUUCUUAUCUCCGGCAAACCAAGGUUCUCAUUUAUGCUAAAACCCACAGUCACGGUGACCAGGACCUUCUUCAUCUUUAGGGCUGGUAGAAAAUCGUCUCUGCGUUGCUAGUCACGUUUCUGCUAGGACUGAAGUUGACUUCACCGCUGCUGGUGGCCACCGUGUGCAACUGCUACUUUUCUUUCCUAUUGGUUCCAAUUUCUAAACAAAGGUGAAAAAUGAAGGAAAUGGAGUCAAUGAAGAUGAAAGCUGAAGGUCAACUAUAUGCAAUAUAGAGACUAAACUUGGUUGUUCUAAAGGUGAAUCUAUUGAUGAUAAAACUAUAGAGAAAGUGAAGAAGAAGUUCUGCUUUUUGUUGAAUUGGAAUUAAGGAAUGGAAAUAUAAGUGAAGAGAAUUGGAUGGCUAGACGCUACUCGUUGUGUUGGACCGCCAAAUGACGCAGGGACGAAGAUUCAGAAAAUAAGUUUCGUUGUCAUAGGGUCUAUAAUUGGAUUUGAUUUUGUUGCUAUUAUUUCCGAGGUCUUACAGUAGGGAAGAAAAAUUUGAUUGAGUUUGAAAGUUUGAUGAAAGUAUGUUGUGGGUUCUACAUGAUUGAGUGCCGGUACCCUCCAUCUGUGUUGGAUGGGAUGAAGAAUGAUAACUAUUGAGAAGAAUGGGUCCCCAAGGAAAUAUUGGAGGGGAUUUUAUUAUUGUUUUUUUUUUCUAGAAAACUGGGUCUGAAAUGAGACCAACAAGAUCAAAAUGAGUCGAUUGUAUUAGUUUAUUAAAUCACGGGAGUUACAGUUAUGGUCAAGGAAGAGAAAGAGAACUCUUUCAACAGUGUUGAACUUCAUCUUGGGGUUGAUGCUUCUCAUUCUGCGUCACCAGAAAUAAACCAUGUGAUCACUGAAGCUCAGAGGCGUGAGCUUCACCACCAGGUUUUCAUCUUCAACCACUUAGCUUAUAAACUUCCUCCUCCUCAUCACCGUGUCCAAUUCCAAAGCAACAUGUCAGAAUACAGUUUCCUUGGUUUUGAUCAAGGGAGUAGGAUGGUUCCAGAACCUCAUAGGUGUAGAAGAACAGAUGGAAAGAAAUGGAGAUGCAGUAAGAGUGUAGUGCCUGGUCAAAAGUACUGUGAAAGGCACAUGCAUAGAGGUCGAAAUCGUUCAAGAAAGCCUGUGGAAACAUCUCAAGUUAACUCUCCUUUGGCACCAAAACCUUGUAGCAAGUCACCUACCAAAUCAGCUUCAGAGACACUAUUUGAAAUUUCAAAUCCAAACCUUAUCAUGGCCAUGCAACCUAGUGACACACCUUCCAGUACUCCAUCAAGGAGCCUCAGCAUUGACAAUUGCUCUUCUAUGAACAGGUCCUUCAUGGUGUUUUCUUCUACCUUUGCGGCAUCCCCUGGCUCCGGCCUUGCCUCUGCCAGUGCUCCUAAGGCGGCAGUAACACUCGGCAGUGUGGCAUCUGUUGCUUCAGAUGACAAAAGUUGCCUAAAGAUGUGCAAGAAAGAUAACCAGUCCAAGAGUUGUGUCAGUAACAACACAGGCAAUAGAAGUGAUGGGAAAGGAAGCAUUGUUGGUGAUUCUAAUAACAUCUCUACUGGAAUAAGCUUCUCCCCAACAAGUGUUCUUCAAGUUUUUGGUAACAACCCAUCUCACCUGAUUGACAAAACCAACAUAGAAUCUGCACCAGACAGGUGUCGGAGAACGGACGGCAAGAAGUGGCAAUGCAAGAGUGCUGUUCUUCCUGGUCAGAAGUACUGUGCCACACACAUGCACAGAGGUGCUAAAAAGCGUUUUGCAAACCAUGAAAUAGCAGCAGCAGCUAAAACCACCACAACUACUUGUUCUGCCGUUACCAUUGCACGGUUGCCGAACUCUCAAGCCACAACCGACGUGCUGAAAGAGGGUUCUGCAAUUCCAAGUACAAAUCUUUCCAUGUCAGUUCCAGCAAGUGCUCCUUUCAUACAAUGCAAUGGGAAAGGCUCCAGUAACAGUGACACUGAUACCACCAUCAGUGACACCUUGCAAGAGUGUAGCUAUACUUCUUUCUGAGACACUUUUUUUCAUCCUUGAUCCUGCUCCAUGAACAAGUUUUUAUUUAUCAGAGAAACUGCUUCAUGAACAAGUAACUUGUAACAUUUGAGAUCAAUUAUGUGUGAAGUGAACAAUGAUCUCCGUGAAGAAAAAGAUCAACAUUGUGUUUUUUUA